GAAGUAAAGGAGAAACAAGGGAAAGCUCCUAAGCUGCUUAGCUGUUGCAUUGCUCAGCUAAGGCACACAAAUCUGUCAAUGCGGUGUGUUGUGUCUACAUUUGGAUGUAAUGAAUCUGUAAACUGCUAUUCUACAACAUUUACAUGAUGUGGGGUGUGUAGUGCUACUUUUGCAGCAGACAUGCUCUGCAGUGUUGGCCAGUAGCACUGAGUCUCCAUUACAAGUCACAGCCACACAAUGCUGCCCAUUCUAGUUUUUACCUGCCUCACGAUAUCAGCAGUCUCAGCUGCUCAGCAUGACUCCACAGUGGCCUGUUAUAUGGAUGCAUCCCUCCAGCACAUGUUUUUCCAUGUUGAUCCUUUCUUGUGCACUCAUAUUAUUUACUCCACUGCUUAUAUUGACACUGACUUCAGUUUAAAAACAUUGCAUCUGGAUGCAGACACUUAUAACUACAUGCUGAAAGACAGGAAUCCAGCUCUAAAGAUGUUGCUUGGUCUUGAGGUGACACAGUCAAGGCUGGAGGUGUUGUCCCAGGAGCAGAUAUCUCUUGAUAAAUUUGUUAACUCAACAAUGAAUUAUGUGAAGAAGAAUAGUUUUGAUGGAGUGGAUUUGGCAUGGUUGGAAAAUGACACUGAUGGAACACAGGAACUCAGGAACACAGAAACUCUAACUUUUUUCUUGAAGAAACUAAGAGGAUGGACGGACCAAGCUGACAGCAAGUCAUUGCUUGUUUCUGUGUCUCUUCAGCACCAUGGAGACCCCAACAAUUCUUAUAUUGACAAGAAAACGUUGUCACAGUAUGUUGAUAUCAUCUGCCUAAUUCCAUUAAGCCCUAAUAAUGAUGGACCACAUAUUGACAAAAUAUUCAGUUAUUGGCAGGACCAAGUUGACCCCAAGAAUCUUAUCCUGGCAUUGCCUGCAAUUAUACAACAGCCUCGAAUAAGACAGGACAGUAGCCAAUCCAUGAUUGUGGGCAUAAAUCCAGAUAUGAAAGCAGAGCAAAUUAAUGGCCCUGGGAUGAUUAUAGCCAAACAGAUCUGCCAAUCCAUUAAGAGUGGACAAAAGGAAUUAAAGACUUUAACAAAACUUAAGAACGCUCAAGGCCUUGAGAAAGACUUGUCCUGGAUACUACAGAAAGGUUUUGGUGGUGUUGGAGUUGUCAUGAUUGACAUAAACAACUUUCUCAACUCUGUUUGUCCCAACUGCACCCAAAAUGAAAAAGCGAUUAUUGAAUUAAAUGUAAUUACUGGGCAUCACUGCAAGCAUGGCAACCAUGGACAUUGUCAUAACGGGCAUGAACACCAUGGACAUCAUCGUCAUCAUGGGCAUGGUCAUCACAGGCAUGGCCAUAAUGGACAUCGUCAUCACAGGCAUGGUCACCAUGGACAUCGUCAUCAUGGGUAUGGUCACUAUGGACAUCGUCAUCAUAGACAUCACCAUGGACAUGGCCACCAUGGGCAUGGUAAUCAUAGUGACAGUCACCAUGUUAACAAUCAUCCUGUUUAGAAAGUCCAUUUGAAUCAUGGUCAUCAUUAAUCAGUCAAAUUGUCUAAAGGCAUUAGAGACUAACAGUCAAGUCUUUUCAAAUAGCGGUGGAUAAUGUGGCACCACUUAUGUUAAUCAAAUAUCGCAUUAGUGUUGGAUGUUACUUAAAAUAGCAUUAAAGCAUUAAAACAGUGAAAUAUGACCUGUUUACAUGUUUGUUUUGAUAUCUAUUAAUGCUUUCAUGUUCCAGCCUUUUGCAAAAAAAAAAAAAGUUUAUUUCAUAACAUUUAUAAUGUUAUGAAGUAAUGUUAACUCAUUGCUUUCUGUCUGCAUAUAUAAUAUACUACAUUCUUAAAAAAAUAAAUAAAAAUAAAGUGUUUUAAAUGUUAAAA